AUGAGGAUCCACCACCUUCUCCUGGCACUGCUCAGCCUGUUCUUGACUCAGCUUGUCCCAGGUGAUGCGGGCAUCGUGAACACGCUGCAGCGCUACUACUGUCGGCUUCGAGGUGGCCGCUGUGCCCUGGUGAGCUGUUUGCCUAAGGAGGAACACAUUGGCCGGUGCUCCUCGGCUGGCCGGAAGUGCUGCCGUAAGAGGAAGUGA